UGAGGUAGAAACCAUCAGCCAGGAUGCGAUUAAGUAAUUUCUCCAAUAAUGUCAUUCAUACAGACGAGACGUUGCAACUUGUGAGGGUUGUCUUGAGGUGUCCUCCUUGUCAUUGACAUCUCUCUGAUACCAGCUGGCCUCUCAAAUACAUUCACCACAGACUCGCACUCUCAGAUGUUCAUAUUUCAGGGCAGAAUUGGUUGCAGAUAAUGGUUGUAGAUUAUGGGAUGCAGAACAGAGCACAUUUCCUAUCAUAUUCUCAUGCAUUCAUGAAACUCAUAGCGAGGCCGGAACUGCGGUCAUCGAAGGUGCAUGCCGGUCGACAGCUGUGACGUCAUGGGCGCCAAAAAAGGCAAAGAUGAAAUGCUUAUGGCCUCGGCACCAGACCAAGAACCGGGCUACGGUAGCCUAGAUGGGACAUCGCGUGAAGAUUACGCUCAUAUGACACGUCAUGAAAUGCUUCUACACACUAGAAGACGACUUUUGAUUGCUGCAACAUUAUGUUUCGUAGUUAUGAUCGCUGAAAUAACAGGAGGUUAUAUCGCUGGUAGUCUUGCAGUAAUGACUGAUGCUGCUCAUAUGAUGACGGACUUUGUUUCAUUCGUUGUUGCACUUCUUGCUAUUUGCUUAGCAAGGAAGAAACCGAGUAAGAAGCUGACUCAUGGCUGGUACAGAGCAGAAAUCAUUGGCGCCCUUUUCUCUGUGCUUCUUAUAUGGGUACUGACGGGUGUACUCAUUUUCUUGGGCAUCAAACGGUCGAUGAGUGAACAUCUUGAGAUAGAUGCCGACAUUAUGAUCAUUACAGCAUCAAUUGCUCUAGGUGUCAACAUCAUCUUGGGUUUAGUGCUGCAUUUACGUUGUGAUGAAAACAAUCCCUGCUCUCCUAGUUUACCCGUUAUUGGUGCACAUGAUCAUGAUCAUGAGAAUGUCAAUCUUCGAGCAGCAACUCUACACGUCAUCGGUGACAUAAUUCAGAGUCUCAGUAUUCUUAUUGGAGCAAUUGUUAUUUAUUUCAGGCCAGAUUUGACCAUCAUUGAUCCAAUCUUAACCAUAGUAUUCAGCGUUCUUGUGUUUCUGACAACAUGCAGAUUGUUUCGUGACAUCAUAAUGGUUCUUAUGGAAGCUAAGCCGUCUUCUCUUGAUUACUCUGAUGUUCGUCGCCGAUUGGUCGAAAUAGAUGGCGUUGAGGGCGUUCAUUCAUUGCGGAUUUGGGCGCUGACAACUGGAGUAAAUGUCAUGAGUGCACAUCUUGUCAUAGCCACUCUUUACGACGGGGCACCAGUUAACGCACGUGGGAUAUUGAAAGAAGCGCGUCACAUCAUUGAGACAACGUUCGGAGUGCUCAACUCAACCAUUCAAAUAGAGUACAGUGAUGACGGAAUGGCGUUUGUAUGCGCCAGAACACCAAGCCCAUCAGACUAAACAGAGACAGCGCCCUCAAGAGAAUUUUGCUUGGCUUUUAUUAAAUAACCAGCAUCAUGUUACUUUGUAAUUUUAGUCUUUCUCCAUUAAUAAAAAGGGAAUAUGAGAAGAAGAAAAAUCUUAAAAUCGUUGUUCCAAAUUAACAAAAUUCUACAUGAAUAAAAGUAUUUCCUUAAGUUUUUAACAAGUAAAACCAUAUUUAAUUAUUUACCUUCUUCUUCGAGACCCUCAUCUCACUCGAUAAAUGUUGAGAUUGAAAUUCUGAAAAAGGGUUAUGCCUACACAAAAGUUUAUAACGAACCGUCGCGACGGUUCGUUAUAAACUUGUUUUGAGUAAUUACCAAACGUGUACCUUCGCUUUGUACGACGCGUCGUACAAAGCGAAGGAUACACGUUUGGUAAUUACUCAAAACAAUUAUUAACUUAAAAACUGACUUUGUAACGAGCAUUGAA